CAUCACCAUCCCUUCCUUCUUUUCGGUUUUGACGUCGAGCAAAGCUGCCGUGUUUUCUGUACAGCAGAUAAAGUGGAAUAUAUUUCACUUUUUCCCCGCGAAUAACACGUGUUUUACGAGAAAUAGCAAGUGAAAAUGCCGCUCGCCAAGGACUUCUUGCACCCGCUGCCCGCUGAGGAGAAGAGGAAGCACAAGCUGAAGCGCCUGGUGCCCCAUCCGAACUCGUACUUCAUGGACGUGAAGUGCCCCGGCUGCUACAAGAUCACCACCGUCUUCAGCCAUGCCCAGAGCGUCGUAGUGUGUGCCGGCUGCUCAACGAUCCUGUGCCAGCCGACCGGCGGCAAGGCGCGUCUGACCGAGGGCUGCUCGUUCCGCAGGAAGCCGUACUAAUAAGUGUCCGCAACAACACACACACACGGAGAGGAGGACCGAAGGGGCGAUCGAACGGGCGCCUUGUGCUGCAUGACGGAUUGGUUGCCGAAGGAGAGAGAGAGAGCGAAGCGGAAGCAUCAUUCAUCUUUAAUCGCCGGCGCCGUGAAUUCAAUCCCAGAUGGCUUAAGUCCAGUGGACAAGUUGUAUUCAUCCCCGAAGGAGCAAAAUAAAGGAAGAAAUUCGGUCGCCUAA